AUGAUCACAGAACUAGCGUACGGACCCCUUAAAGCAGCUGUAGAUAUGCUGACACGAGUGCUGGCCCUACAGUUGGGACCGUCCGGUGUUAGGGUUAACGCUGUUAAUCCCGGAGCCACACAAGUGACCGAUAAGUUGGAUCCACCCGUUGUUUGGGAAAAGACUCGUUCAUUCACACCAUUGAAACGGUUGGGUCAGCCCCUGGAUGUGGCCAAAGCCGUGGCAUUCCUGGCCUCAACUGAUGCCCAGUUUAUAACCGGCGCUAAUCUGUUUGUCGACGGGGGACUCGUCCAUAAUAUGGGGGCAAUGAAUACGAUGUUUGGCGAUAUGAUUGACGAUGCUAAUGACUACCGACAAGUGGCCAAAUCACGUGACUUUACGGGUAAAGUAGUACUCGUGACGGGCUCUUCGUCGGGCAUCGGCGCCGGUAUUGCAAAACUGUUUGCAGUAUUGGGCGCUCACGUUGUGGUCACCGCCCGGACAGCCGAUAACGUACGCAAAGUUGCCAAACAGUGCCAUCAAUUGUCUCCUCACAAGAUAGCCCCGUUAGAAGUGACGGCAGAUUUGACCAAAAGCUCGGACUUAAAGCGUGUGAUCGAUGAGACCGUUAAGACUUACGGCAAACUCGAUGUGUUGGUCAACAACGCCGGCAUUCGGUCCGCGCGGACACUAAUCACUGCACCGGACGUUAUGGACAAAUGGGACCAACUCUACAGUCUGGACCUCCGAUCGGUGCUCGAGCUGACACAUAUUGCUAUCCCGCAUCUCAUCCAAUCAAAGGGCACUAUAAUUAAUAUAUCAGCCAUCGGUGGCAUCGCUCCCAUGAGUAUAAACCUGGUGUACGGACCGGUAAAGUCUGGCUUAGAUAUGUUGACUCGAGUAUUGGCCCUACAAUUGGGUCCUAAAGGGGUUCGCGUGAAUACAAUUAAUCCCGGUGCUAUACAAGUGACCGAAAAGCUGGAACCGGCGGAAGUGUUUGACAAAUGCAGUGAUAUUACGCCAUUGAAACGUAUCGGUCAGCCCCUGGAUGUGGCCAAAGCCGUAGCAUUUCUGGCCUCAAGUGAUGCCGAGUUUAUAACCGGCGCUAAUCUAGUGGUUGACGGAGGGAUGCACUACAACGCCAGCGCUUUGACUCCACUGUUGGGCACAGAUAUUGAAUAA